AUGGGCAAGAAGGGCGAGCCAUGGCGCCGCCGCGGCGAGGAGCAAGCUUGGGAGGACGACUGGCAACAGCCCUCCUGGCGCUUGUGGCGUGGGGGAGCGGCAGCCUCCCCCAAAGGGCGUGGGCAACCUCCAUGGAGGCCGGACACCAGGAGACCACGUCAGGCCCCAAAGCCAGUGGAGUUCCCUGCCUACGACACCAAGAAGAUCGACACUGCCGCCAUUGUGCCGAUUUCGGAAAAGAAGCUGAGUUCUACAGCUGCGCCUGGCAAGUCACCUACGUUGCUCAAGGCGAUACAAACAGCAGUGAACUUCACCAGGAAGCACGAGACGCGAGUGAACCGCCUCGAGAGAGAACUCGCGGACGGAAAGCUGCAAUGGGAAAGCUAUGUGCAGGACAUGAAAAAUACGCUGCGCACAGAAAAAGCACGGUUCGUGCAAGAACAAACAAGGGUCACGGAGGCCCUGAAGGAGGCCCAGGACCAACAGAAGCUCGCCUACCAGCAGUUGUCCCAAGUUUUCACGAAUGGCGGGCCGCCUUCGGAAAGUACCGCCAUGGAGGUGACAGACGAGAUGGAAGAGUGGAAAGAGGUUCUUGCUGGCUUGGACGAAGGCAGUGGAGGGUCAGGUGGUCCGGACAUUGGGGUACUUUUGGAUGCCUUGCGAAAAGCUGGCAUACCCCUGGAGAUGCCGGAGUCGGAACCCAGCACGCCACCCAGGAGAGUUGUGGUACCGCCUGCGACGACUCCGCCGUCCACGACCAAGGAUGCAGCCAGGAGCCGCUUGACUCCGGAGGGGCUGAAUACACCGUCCCCUCGCCGAGUCGAAGAUCCCUACCUCAGCUCGCCUGGUCUGGCACACUUUGGCAUGCCCUUGGGCGGCCCUACCGGAGAUGGUGCACCAAGCAAUGCCAGCCCUGGCGGACAAGCUGCUGUUGGCAACGACCACUCUGGAGACGCAGAGGCUACGAGGGCCACUGGGGGCAGCCCUCAUCUUCUGGCAGAUCGCUUGUCCGAGAAGAGACGUGUAUCACGUUCGGCACUGGCCCCCUUCGGGCUGGCCAAAAAUCGGAAAACCGAUGCUGGCAGCGACGGCCCACCCGGUCUUGUGCCAGAUACAGGGCAAACCUCGUCUGUGAUCGACGACGACGAUUCAGAGGAGCUGGACGCCGCAGCCGCUGUGGAGACGCGAGCUCCCUCACCAGGUCGACGGGAUCCGGUUAUCACGACCCUUGCGCUUCCCUGUGCGGGUGUACCCGUUUCCGUGGUCUUUGCGUUUGGAGACGACGUCGUGAGCGAGCAACAAGUCCCCAAAGGACUGCCAUUGGGUCGUUCGUUGGCUGCAUGUCGCUUCCGGCGGCCAUUAGUGCCACCCCCGCCUGGACCAGCGCGUACAGAGGUAAUCAUGCUUGAACACCUUACGGCAUUGCCAGAGCCUACAGGAGAGAGUGAUGCAGAGUGGCUUGGAGUCACAGUCUUCACACCGCAUGUUCGGCCACUGCGGCUAGCCGUUCUUUGCCCGCCGCACCAUGACAUUGACCAUGUCAUUGAUGCCGUUCUUCAUGCCUCCCCAGACGAUGCUGAAGGGAUCUACGACAGGUGUGUCCCAGCGUGCCCGCUGCAGUUCAGGGGUUGGUGUACCCUCAUUCGUUUCCCUUCCAUCGCGUCGCAAACACCUGCAGGUGUGAUGAGAGCAGUGAUCGUUGAUUUGACCUAUGUAGGAGGGCACCACUACGCCUGCCUACUGCCUGAGGAAAUUCCCUUUGAGGAGUUGCUGCAUUUUGCGACCAUGCAAGCGGAUUACUCGGAGGUUGAAAUCCUCAUUCAUGUAGGUAACAACCCUGCUGCCCACUCUCCUGAGGUGCCUCUGCGGCUGCGAGACGGCGACGUCUUGUCCUUCAGGCGCCCUCCACAAGAGUGGCAUGUGCGCCAAACUGCAAGUGAACUGCUACAAGACGUGUCCUCCUGGCAGCCACCGCUCGACAUGCCUCGUUUGACGCCUUCAAUAGGGGUUUUAGUCCACUACGGACCUGAGAGGGUUUUCAUGCCCAGGCACCACCACUACGGACAAUCGCCCAUGUCGGCGAUCGCCUCCAUGUGGGAUUUUGCUGCGGGCGAAUACACUGUAUGUGUGUUCCCAACGCCAGAUCUUGAAUUUCGGGGCAACCCUUGCACCCAAGCUGCCUCUGUGGUAAGUUUGCCAAGCGCGCAGUUGCACGCGGCGCCAGCUUGUCGGCGCAGAGACUUCUUUACUCUCUGCGACUUUAGGGGUCUAGGAUACGGUGUUAGAAUUGCGCACAGCACGGUCCCACUGCUGCAUCUUCCCUCUGUUGCGGCUAUUGCUGGUGUGCAUGUGCCACUUGGCAAGCGCCUGGUUGCUAUCGGCUGGGAGGCCCUUGAGGAUGAUCUACGCCUGUAUGGCAACGACGCUUUCGUCAUCAAGGCCAUCCCUGAAGCGCUGCCAAUCUCCCUCGCCGACCCCCCUGACAGGCUUGAUGCUCCUCCGGAUGCUCCCCGCGAUUCCAACCCGGGAGGCGGCAGCUUCCCCUUCUCGGUGACCCCUGGUGCUCCCGAACGACAUGGCCGGCGGCCGUUCACCCGUGAAAGGUCUCGAUCCCGAGACAGGCAAGACACAGAUUGGGGAUACCAUGGAAGCCUCCUGGACGCAAACAAGCCUGGAAUCUGUGAGCCCCCUUUAUGUCCGAGGUUUCUGUUGCAGGGUGAUUGCUCCUUCGGCAGUCUCUGCUAUGACAGCUAUUGCUGCGCUGACCCCUUUGUACCUGCAACACACAAACUCCUCAGAGAACCAGCGUCGCACAGCGUUGCGCAGCACGCUCGAGUUGGCCAUGCGAGAGAGUUUGUGCGUCAGACUGGUCGACCAUGGGGCUACUUACCAGCCGACGGCGACCCGGACGAGGUCACCGGAGAUGAUGAAGGAUCAGAGUCAGAAACUGCGGCCUUGGGCGAGGGAGAAGCCGAAUUUACCUUUUUCGUGCUUCGCAUAGAAUACGUGCCAGAGAUCGUGACGCUAGUCCUGGAGGCGCCGGUCUUAGUCCAAGACGCCCUCGCCUUAGAGUCUGGAAUCCUGAUCUCUCUCCCGGGCUGGGCUUCGACUGAAGCUGCGUUGCUAAGGCUCUGCGAGAUCACGAAUGGGGAGGAGGUCGACAUAUAUGUCGGCACAAGUGAAGUCGCCCUCGGCGAUGAGGAGGUUCCUCUGCACCAAGGACUCUGCGUUUUCGUUGUCCGAAGGUUCGCGUUCCCCGGCCCUUUCUUUCUUCUUCGCGAUAUCUUGCAGAACUCGGCGACGUGGGAUGCCGAGCCUCAACUGCCUAUUGGCCCCGCGGGGGGGGGUUUCUGUGCUGUCGGAGAGCAAGGGCAUCGGCGCUCUCCAGUAGCCCCGACAGCUGCCUUUCCGGACCAUGAUGCAAUCGCAGAGGCAUUUGCCAUCCCGGCACAGGAGUUGAUCAUCCAACCGGUCGUCCCUACUCUAGGGGACGUUGCACUGCAUGGAGUUUACUGCCGAAAUGUGUGUGCUGUGUCCGCAUCCCGCGACCCGGAUACUCUUCGUCCGGUGCCCGCUCUACAAGUUACUGUCGUUGAUUGCCGAGCUUUGCUACAAGGAUGGCUCUUGCUCGCAUCAGUGGAUGGGAGGAUAGAUCGUGCAGACUUGGAGAACGUCCUGCUGACUUUUGCUCCGCCCGGAUGGGAAUUGCACCUCGAGGGCUUGGUCCAGACAGAUAGAGAACGAGAUGACAGCGAAGCACUCUCUAACUCCGAUAUGAGUGUCGAUGUCCCCGAAGUCGUUCUCCCAGAGGGCGUGAUCGAGGAGGCCUAUGCUGUCUUUGUGCCGCACUCUGACGGAUGGGAUGUCUCAGAUGAGGUCCCGUGUGCUGCUGGCGAAUGGGCUUAUGUCAUCGGUGAUGACGGCCCCUUGCAGCUCCCCUGCUUCAGCUCGCAUGUCCAGAUGUUUGUGAUUAUGCUGAUGCUGGUCGCAGUGCCCACACUGUUGUCGCGGUUGCUCCGCGAGCAGUGCGGCCGAGCGCUGCCCCAUGGGCGCCAGCUCGCUAUCCGCGGAGGGAUGCGGAUGGUGCUGGCCAUAACGACCAUCCUGGAGACGGCCCUAGAGGGGGAGCGCCUGGCCCUUCACAUGCACCUUUGGAAGAAAACAGCCCACUCCAUCUUUGUACGUACUGGUCGAGAGGUCAUGUGCUCCGCGGCGCAAUGUGUCCCCUGUCUCAGCUGGAAAAUUCUUAGGGAGCCCGAUACGUCCUCUCCUGAUGCAGAGAGGAGCUUAGACGCUGCACGCACAGCCACCCGGGCACUUGGCCAGCGCUGGCCAUUUGAUCCCGCAUGGUUGCCACUGUUUCCGCUCCAGGAAGAGGAGCCCUCUGACAUCUCUGAGGAGGCCCUUGUUAGUGACGAUGUCAUUGAUGCGGUCUUCUGUCUCUUUACGCCUGGGUAUGUGCCUGAGGUGCUGCCGCUCACGGUGGUGAUACCGCAAGCUGUUCCAGACUUGGUUGACCUCAUCCAGACCUGUCGACACAGAGAGCAUGCGCAGAACUUCCCGACCCUAGUACCUACUUGGCCGCAAAGCAACCCCGCAUGGGGAGCUUUUGUAGCCGUGCCUGCCUGGCUUCAAAACCGGCCGAUAGUUUGCUUGGACCUGUCGCUCUGGGAUGGACGAGUGUUUGCUGUCGACACACCUGAUGUUGUUGACAAAUUUCGUCUCCUGCAGCUGGCUGGACUGCACAUCGCUGCUGAGAUCGACAUUUUCUUACCUGAUGCGAUCGAACCAGUCCCUGCAGGGGGAGAUUUCCAAGUCCGUACGGGCAUGAGCCUUGUCUUUGCUCCCCAUGGACAAAUGCCGCCCCCCACCUUUGAGCUCCGUGAGAUGUUGCAAACGCCGCAACAUUGGCAUCCCCACCCACACUUGCCAUUCGCCCAUGUACCAGAGCAUUACCUUGUUGCAACUGGAGAGGGGAACCACCCUUUCCGAUUAUUGGCAGAGCGGUCCAUGUACCUGCGAUCAGACCUUGCGGCAAGAUUCGAUAUCCCAAUACGGGAUUUGCGUCUGCAGCCAGCACAACCACGCCAGCAUGAUGCAAGCAUCCACGGCCACUGUUGCAGAAACGUUGUUGUGCUGUCGUCUCAAAGCCACCCUCCGACCGACUUUGAUGAAAUCGUCUGCCUCGUUGAUGGCAGAGCCCUACUGAUCGGCUGGCUGCCACUGCAUACUGAUCGCGGCCAUAUCAACCUGAAUUUCGUCCGAGCAGUGCUUCGACACAGCACGCCAGAAGGCUGGGAGGUCAGUCUCCAUGAAGUACUGCCCCGGCGGGAGCUCCCCCUGGAGAUGCAGGAGGAGAUGGACCUUCCCAUUCGAGGCAUCUGUGACUGCAAGGUGGUACCGCCGCACACAGCAUUCCUCCUAGUCAUUGUCGCGCACCAGCGCAGAAUUGGGAUAUCUGCUGUGCUAGCGUUUCUUGUUGCUGGCGAGAGACAUGGGGCAUGCGCUGUGCGCACCCCCAUGCGGGUUGAGACCGGCUUACCAGGGGUACUAUGUUCCUUCCCAGUCACCAUCCCGGAGGCCCGGCCGUUACCCACACCAUGCCGAUCCUUGCAUGCCAUUCCUCCUGAUGUGUCAGAUGAGGGUCCAACCGGUCGGCCAGAGACCGGUGACAUUCCGAGGACCUGGGUCCCCGACCUCUAUGACGGCCUUCUCAUUGAUAUUGGUCCCACCCUACUUGAGGAAUGUCUGCGUGAUGAUGACACUGCGCUUUGGGAAGCCAGCACCCUCAUAGAGACGCUGCUUGAGCAUUUCGCGGCGACUACUGACAGGCAUUUUCCUGAAACCGAGAUUCGUGCUGCCAACCCACUGCGGGGUCCAAGCCCCAUCUGUUUAGCAACAGCUGUUGCUCCGCCCUCUUUCGAUCUAACUGCUCAGUCGGUUAGCAUGCCGCAUAGAGACGAUUUGAUCACCACCAUCCUGACAUGUUGGCCCUUUGCGUGGUACGUCCCAGAUGCGACAUCCCUGCCACUGCCUUCUGUUACCGCCCAGCAUAUUCGAGACUGGCCAGCCUGGGAAGACCUAUGUCGGGCCUCUGCGGUGCCCUCCCCCGUCAUGGCUCCAGAUUUUUACCGACGGCUCUUGGAUGCACCUCCGGCACUACGCAACGAAGAGGUGUGGUUUGACUGUUUUGCAGCAGGAAAAACUGCAAGCGGGGAGUGGACUGCUUCCACCCCCUUUGCUAGGCAGAUUCGGGAUCUUCAGCUUUGGGCCGAGACCAUGCUUGCAGGUGCUCUCCAGUACCGCCAUGUCAAAGCACACCAAGGGCACCCGCUCAACGAGCUUGCUGAUCAUCUAGCUAAGCUAGCGGCAGCUGGCAAAAAGCCCAAUGCGCCCCCGCCAGCUCAUGUAGUCACGUCAUUCCUUCAGCUUGACGCCUCGUGGAUUCCAGCUGCGCUCAUUGACAACGGGAGAAAGAUACUACCUUUCUCGCCGGACGGCCACAUGCUGCGAUGGGAGGGCACGCCUGCUUCCUCGCCAUGCAAGCUGUCUCCAAGUGAUAUCGUACCGAUCUGCGAACGGACUAUCGGAGCAACGCCAGACAGUGCUACUGACCUUGCAGUCCGGGCAGCAACGGUCAACGUUCAAGGUGUGCAGGACAGGGCCCCUUACCUUGAAGCACAGUUCGACGAACAGGGCCUGCAGGUAGUCUUCCUGCAGGAAGCAAAAACGGCCAGCGGUGUGUGUCACACCAAACUGUACAUGCGACUCACCACGGAGUCCCAUCGGCACUUCGGAGUGUCCAUCUGGAUCAGUAAACGGCUUGGCAUUGCCACCCUCAACGGCCAGCCUAUACUUGUUCGCGAAAGUGACCUCUGCAUCCAAGCUGAGUCUGAACGUCUGCUCGUAAUUGUCGCCACUGUCGCUGACAUCCAGCUUGCCCUUUUCUCGGGGCAUUGCCCGCAUAGUGGGCAACGCGAGGAGGCGGCAAAAUUCAUCACCGGUCUGCAAGGGGUCCUCGGACCCCUGAAACGUUCCUCUGUGCUCCUUGGGGGAAUCGACCUCAAUGGCAGGCCGCCACGUGACGUGACGGGGGUCACUGGCGGCCUCAUCCAAGGUGAAGUUGAUGAUACCGGCAGAGAGUUCGCACAUGCCCUUCAGACCCUGCAUGCGUGGCUGCCGUCCACAUAUCAUAGACUGCAUGUUGGUUCCUCAACAACUUUCGUCCACCCGUCGGGCACCGAGCACCGAAUUGACUUUAUAGUCAUAGGGGGGAAGCUUGUAGUUGAAGAGGCCCGUAGUGAGGUCCUGCGCCAAGUAGAUCUAGGAGCUGUCAGGGAUGACCAUUUUCUAGUCUCCUGCACGCUCCGAGGGGUUUUAGAUCACCACGGCCACCUCAGGACACUUUGGCGGCCGCGCUUCGAUGUUGAUAAAAUGAUGACAACAGAAGGUCGUGCCAUCAUUUCAGCCGAAGUCAAAAAAUUUCAAUCACCCUCUUGGGAUGUACAUCCCGACGAGCACUGCCGACAACUAACCGCACAUCUGCAGCAAGUAAUGGAGAGCCAUUUCCAAUUUGCUGUUAGCCGCCCUCGCGCGUCUUUCAUCCCUGCGGAGGUAUGGGACUGCCGCGCUGCAAAGAUCAGCCUCAAGUGCCGCAGCCGCCAUCGUGCCAAGCUCUGGUCUGACCUGGUCGUCCGGGCCUUCCUCCAGUGGAAGACAGCGUCUGAUUACUCGGUCUGUGUUGCCAUCGCCCGUGAGGGCUUACUGUACCAGCUCAAUGCGGCUGCCAUUCGCUUUGCAUCUGCCCGCAUUCGUGGUGACAUCAGGCGCGCCAAAGCGACCUUUCUGCAGAACCUGGUGUUAAAGGGAGGCGACCGGGCCCCCGACAUCCUCGGUACGGCGAAAAAAGCAGGGAUUGGAGGCGCCAAAUGCCGAAAGCCCUUCAAGCCCAUGCCACAUUUGCUGGACAGCAACGGCCGCCCCGCUGGAACGCGUGCGGACAGGGAUCAAGUCUGGCUUGAACACUUUGGCAAGCAGGAAUAUGGCCGAGUGAUCCCUGUGGACCGCUUUCUGACAAUGACUCCAGAAAGCCUAGUCGUAGAUGCCGAGCUUGAGUGGUGCAGCCAUCACCUGCCGUCCCUCCGCGAGGUAGAGGAUGUGUUACGGGGACUCCCGAGACAUAAGGCAGCGGGCUUGGAUGCGGUGCCAGCGGAAUUGCUGCGUGCCUCGCCGGGACCGAUGUCCCGUGUUUUACACCCUCUGUACACCAAGAGUAUGCUGUGCCUGCGACAACCGCUACAGUGGCGAGGCGGUCUGUUAUUUGAGGCAUGGAAACAGAGCGGAAGCCAGAAGGAUGCUGCCUCUUAUCGUUCAUUGUAUGUCGCCUCUGUUGUAGGCAAGGCGUACCAUAAGCUGCAGCGCCGAAAGAUACAGCCUGAGGCAGAAGCCACCCUUCAUGAGUUUCACAUGGGAGCUCGAAAGGGCACUCCAGUCGUCAUGCCUGCCCUGUAUGUCCUGGCAAGCCAACGUGCGGGAGCUGAAUCGAGAAGCUCCUCAGCAGUGCUAUUCCUAGACACGCACGCAGCAUAUUACCGUAUUGUUCGGGACCUAGCUCUGGGAUGCAUCUACGAUGAUGCGAUGGUUGUUAGGCUUUUCGAGCACUUCUCCCUAGAUGCUUCCGAGCUCCAGGAAAUGAUGGAAGUAGUUUGCCAGGGAGGUACAUUUGCAGACAACCAUGUCCCGGAGACAAUCCGUCACGCGGCAAAGGACACCCACCACUUCACGUGGUUCGUGACCCCCCAUACCAGUGGCAGCCUUCUCUGCAAGACUGAAGCUGGGAGCCGCCCAGGUGAAUCCUGGGCGGAUACAAUCUUCAGUUUUGUCUACUCCAGAGUGCUUGCCCGUAUUGCCGAAAUCGCACGAGGCGAAGACCUGCUCCCUGAAUUCGCCGUCGACACCGAUACCGGGCCAUUUGCAAAGGCCGGCGAGGGCGAACUCAUCACCGGCCAAGACGCCACUUGGGCGGAUGACAGUGCGUGGCCCUUAAUAGCGCCGGCACCUGAGCAGCUGCUCAGAAAGGCGACACGUCUUGCCUCUAUUGUCUUGGAGCAAUGUGCUGCACACGGAAUGCAGCCGAAUCUUGGCCGAAACAAGACAGCCUUGAUGUGCGCUCUGCGCGGCAAAGGAGCGGUCAAGGCAGCCCGCCAAUAUUUUGACCACGGGCGAGCGGCCUUACAUCUUCCUGAGUUGGGGCUUGACCUGCCUGUGACAAAUCAGUACAAGCACUUAGGUGGUGUCAUCGAUCACCGCCUCAGGCUUAAUGCAGAGGCUCGCAGGCGUUUGGCGAUGGCCACUCAGGCUUUCGACCAGGGAAAAGCGCUUCUCUACCUCAACUCAACCCUUCCCCUGCACACCAGGGCUUCCCUGCUUCAGAUAGCCGUUACCUCAACUUACCACAACCUUCCCAUAUGGAACCCUGCCGGACCCAGCUGGGAGGCCCUGGAAGGCGGCUACACCCGCCUUGUUAGGCGACUGCUCAGCAAGGCAAUCCCAGGCGACCUCCUCUUCAAACUUCCGGCCGCCCUUGCGCAUGUUAUGACAGGGUGCCCGCCUAUGCCGUUCCUGGCCCGGAAGGCCAGACUUAGCCUUCUCAGCUCAAUGUGUGCCACCGGCCCCAAGGCGCUAUGGGCGGCGUUGCAAACUGAGCAGACGUGGUUCACUACUGUUCGAGCGGACCUACAGUGGUUAGCCGCAACGGUCCGACAAGACUGGCCGAUGCUUGUUGGCGCUGCCUGGCCGCAAUGGCGACAACUACUGACUACCCGCACCGCCUGGUUCAAGCGCCAGGUCAGAGCAGGUCUCCAGAUAGAUAUGGAACGCUUCGCAAAGCAGCAAGCUGUAUGCGCAGUUCUGUGGGCGCUGCAUCGAUAUGCAAAGACUGCGAGACCAAUUGCUACUGAAAUCACGGGGCGGCGCUGGUACUGUGGCCCAUGCGAACGAGCCUUUAAAACCAAAGCGGCACUCGGCGCUCACUUUUUCAAGUCCCAUGGCCGUCGUGCCCGUUAUAGGGCGGUUGUUGACGGGACACUUUGCCAAGCAUGUGGUCGCCAAUUCUGGAGUACCAAUCGCCUUUCCAGGCAUCUCCGUGAUGCUCCAGCCUGUGUCGCAACUCUGCGAGCCCACCGUCUCUUUUCAAAGAGCAUGCAACCUGGGGUUGGGAGCAAGCAAUGGAGGAAGAACGCUGUUGAACAGUUCCACCCCUCCACUCCCCAGCCACGAACGGCAGGACUCCCACCGCAGGCUGGCAACGACUGGGACGAGGUGCAAAAGGCGGCGCAUCUUGAUCUCUGUGAGACCCUGCUGACCCCAGCCCUCCCGCCAGAGCAAGGAGCCAUUGCAAGUCAACUACGAGCUGUUCUAGGCCGCUAUCCCCUCUUCGAGGAUGAGGCCAAAGACCUCCUGGAGUUCGUGUGGCACGAGACGAAAGAGGUCCGCGCUGAGAUCGUAGGCGACACGUGGCCCCAGGACACAGAAGCUGCUGUUGAUGCUGCCUUCGCUGAUUUGCUCACAAGUGUGUGGGGGCCCUCUGUCGACUGGACGACAGAAGCCAGCGCCCAUGCCUCUUUCCGCGACCUUGAGCGCAGUGUCGCCCAUGUGGACUGGGCCGCCCUGAGGCCCAACGGCCCUUCCUUUCACGUGACCCCAUCCGAUCACCAAUUUGUGCUUGCGGCUACCUGGGAAGCUGAUUUGGUAGCAAGCUGUAAGGUUAUCGAUGCAUCAGCCGUGAGAGACCAUUUAUGGGCCAUUGUACCAGGAGCGCUACGCGGGGCUUGGAUAGAUGUCCAAAAUGGACUCAAACCAAGCCUUGCGGCUCCUCGGACUUUCUGGCAAAGCCGCUUAGCGGCUCCUUUUGCCCAUCUCGCUAGUUCGAGCCUUGCAACCUAA